AUGUCUACACUAGCCGCAGCCGACCUCCCAUCAGACGAAGAAGGGGACGCAGAUUUCGUGCCCUCCACUCGACCCGCCAAAAAGCGCAAGCUCACCAAGUCGAAGCUCAAAACCGGCGCCGGGUCUGGGUCUGACGCCGGCUCUGGAUCCGACUCGUCCGGCUCGUCAGAAAGUGAUGAGGACGAUGAGGAUGAUCAGGUGGAUAAGGAGGAAGCGAAGAAGUUGAGGGAAGAGGCGGAGAGGGUAGAUGCGGAGGAGAGGAAGAGGAAGGCCGCUAAGGCGUUUGCGGCGUUCAAGGAUGAGGCUGCUGGUGCUUCGCCUGCAGUAGGAGGGGUGGGGAGUGGGAAGGAAAAGGAGGAGAUGGUGGUUGUCAAGAGGGAGAGGAAGUUUGCUGGGGAGACAAUCAUCGAGACUGUUUCUCUACCGAGGAGCCAUCCAGAGGCGAUUGCAUACCUAGCUGCAUCUACCUCCUCUCCGGAAAUGGAAGUCGAUAUGGGCAAACCCUCAUCCUCUGCGACCACUAGCGGUGAUGCUGGUCCUGCCUUGACAGCCGCCAAUGUUGCUCCGUCAUCCACCUUAGCGCCCACUCCAUCCUCGUCCACUGCCCCAUCCUCCUCCAUCCCCAAACCGCCUGCCAGAGGUCCGCCCAAGCGUAAACCCCGCCAAUCGCUCGAACAGCUCUCAGCAGGCCUGAGCGGGGGCAAGAAGAUGACGACUCUCGAAAAGUCGGCGAUGGACUGGAAAUCGCACGUCGCGUCGUCGUCAAACGUCUCGGACGAGCUUGACGCCAAUCGCCGGUCGGGCGGUCUUCUCGCCAAGCGGGCCUUUUUGGAUCGGGUCGGGGAUCGGCGGAACGAGACGAUGGAGAGUAAACGCAAAACGGGGAGAUGA